AAACGGUCUGAAGUACCUUCUGAACGGGUAAAGGAACAUGGGGGGAGAGGGUUAUUAUCCGAUCAGAGGUCCAUUAUGAAGCUUAAAAGAAACAAGUUUAAAGCAUCAUCUAAACUGAAACAAAAAGGCAUCAAAGUUACAGGGCAAUGGAAACCCAUUGAGAUUGAUCCAAAUCUCUUUGCUGAUGAAGAGCUUGGAGGCAUAAUAUGUUUUGAAGAGCUUACCAAUUACAAACUGGUGUCUUCCUUGAAAGAGGGAGAAGAAAAAGCUGCCAAAAGAAAAUGUAAUGAUGAACAGAUUGAAAAAGUAUGUAGCGCCACUCCCCCAAAAAAGAGAAAGAAGAAGAAAAAUUUAGAACAUGGAGAAAGGAAGAAGGAGGAACUUGAAAUAGAGGAAAAAGUAAUUGAACAGGAGGUCAGGUGCAAAAAAGCCGUUGUUAAGUAUGAGCAACAUGAUUAUGAGCCAACGGAGCUGACGGGCCUGGAAAGAAAACCCACAAAGAAAAAGAAGAGAGGGAAAAAGAAGAAACCAUGUUCUCUCCAAAAUGUUCUUGAACCAACUGGAGCUUCCAAAAAAGCUAAUAACUGGGCAGCCAAAGUCUUAUCCACAAAAUCAGAUCACAAAACGGAUGUUACUGCAUGGAAGAGCCUCUUUGUCCCUAAGCCUGUCCUUUGGGCAUUGAGUGAAUUGGGGUUCAGUACACCAACUCCCAUCCAAGCACUAACUCUACCAUCUGCAAUUCGAGAUAGCAUGGAUAUCUUUGGUGCUGCUGAAACAGGGAGUGGAAAGACUCUAGCUUUUGCCAUUCCAAUGAUCCAUUCCAUCCUACAGUGGUACAGAUCAAAAAAUAUGACAACCAGCACAUUGGAAGAAACAGCGGACAGUGAAGAUGAAAUGGCAAAGCAGGAUACAAGUGAAGAAACAAGGAGACUAAAUUCAGAUACGGAUGAAACUGGUGCUCCUGCAGAUUACGAUGAGCCUGUGACAGUAAACUCCAUGGAGUUAUUGCAGGAUUCAGGAUUUGAUGUGGAUUCCCCAAAACAGAAUUCUGUUAAAGAUAAAAAUAAUCCUCUUCUGGGAUUGGUCUUGACUCCUACAAGGGAACUGGCUGUCCAAGUAAAGCAUCAUAUUGAUGCAGUGGCCAAGUUCACAGGUAUUAAAACGGCCAUUCUUGUUGGAGGAAUGGCUUCUCAAAAGCAGCAGAGGAUGUUGAAGAGGAAGCCAGAGAUUGUCAUCGCAACUCCAGGGCGCCUGUGGGAGCUAAUCCAGGAGAAGCAGCCCCAUCUCUCCAAUCUCUGGCAGCUCAGAUGCCUGGUGAUUGAUGAAGCAGACCGGAUGGUGGAGAGGGGACAUUUCUUAGAGCUGUCUCAGUUGCUGGAAAUGUUGAGUGACACACAACAUAACCCAAAACGUCAAAUAUUUGUCUUCUCUGCCACCCUGACUUUGAUCCAUCAAACUCCCACUAGAGUUCUGCAGAAGAAAAAUGCUAUCAAAAUUGACAGGAAGAUCAAGCUGGAAAUGUUGAUGCAAAAAGUGGGCAUCAAGGGAAAGCCCAAAGUGAUAGAUUUGACCAGAAAAGAGGCAACUGUGGAGACUCUCACAGAGACCAGAAUUCAUUGUGAUACAGAAGAGAAAGAUUACUAUCUUUAUUAUUUUCUGCUUCAACAUCCAGGCAGAACCAUGGUUUUUGCAAACAGUAUAGAUUGUAUCAAACGACUUACUGCACUCUUGACCAUCAUGGACUGCAAUCCACUGCCUCUUCAUGCAAACAUGCACCAGAAGCAAAGGUUAAAAAAUCUGGAGAGGUUUGCAGAACGCAACAG